AUGGAGGUGACUCGAUAUCAAUUCUCUAGGUCAGCCAACAAUUCUGAGGAAAGGGUCCUGGCUCACUAUAGUGAAGUGGUAUUAUUUCUGGAAGGAGAACCAGAUAUUCCAGAAGAACUCCGAGGAGCCAAGAAGGGGAUGCUGUACCUCACUCAAUACAAAAUAAUAUUCCAGCAUAAAGAUAAGGGGUCGACCAUCAUUCGUUUUCCUCUGCAGCUGUUGGGAGAUUGUUUUCUGGAGGACGAGCCUGACUCCAAACCUCAACACAUCCAAGGAACUCUGACUUCCACCCAGGGACUUCUUGUUUUCAAAUUCACUUUCCAGUAUGGAGCUUCGGAUUGCCUAAACAUGAUCAAAGAUCUAGUAGAUUCAGAUAUUUUGAAAGAGGCGACCAAUCUCCAAGAAUACCCCACCGCCUCCAUCUAUACUUACGCCCACCCUGCAGCGCCACAGACAACCCGUUCUCUCAACAUGUUACCACUGUGGCCUCCCCCUUACCCUGGCCCCCCAGAGCUCCCCCCACCCUAUUCUGAAGUGGAAGCAGAAUCUCCAGGAAGAAGCAGAGAGGCAGGUGUGUCCAAGAUGGGUGUGGAUAAGGAUGGGAACUCACAGCACGCCUGCAUUCUCUAUGCCUACAACAUAGGAGGCGGAUCCGUGCAUGCCACCUUCUCUAAAGAGCUCUUCAAUGUUUGA